AAAAAGAUCGCACACUGCCAAACAGUGUGCAAUAUCCCACAGACGUGGGACAAACACAUCAAGGCAGAACUCAAAGCCAGUCAGAGAAGAACUGAAAUGAACCUACUUCCUGCCUUCUCUACGGAGACAUGGGCCCUUUUGCUUCUUUUCGUAGCCCUCCUGGUAGCAUAUGGGACCUGGCCAUUUGGUUUGUUCAAGAAGUUGGGUAUUCCCGGGCCACGACCUCUGCCUUUCUUUGGGACCUGCCUGGAAUAUCGCAAAGGCUUCUUGGAGUUCGACAGUGACUGUUUCAAGAAAUACGGGAAAGUCUGGGGGAUUUACGAUGGCAGGCAACCUGUGCUGGCUGUCACAGACCCCCAGAUCAUUAAAUCUGUGCUGGUGAAAGACUGUUACUCCACCUUUACCAACCGGAGGCAUGUGGAUCUAGCAGGGGUGCUGACCAAUGCUAUCUCAUUAGCUGAAGAUGAACAGUGGAAGAGGCUUCGUACUGUGCUCUCUCCAACCUUCACCAGCGGGAAACUAAAGGAGAUGUUCCCUAUAAUAAAGCACUAUGGGGAAGUUUUGGUGAAAAACAUUGAGAAGCAAUUGGAAAAGGACAACUCACUGUCUGUGAAGGACAUCUUUGGAAGCUACAGCAUGGAUGUCGUCACCAGCACUUCCUUUGGUGUGAACAUUGACUCCAUGAACAACCCCAAAGACCCCUUUGUUGGAGCGAUGAAGAAAUUGGUCAAGUUUGACUUUUUUGACCCAGUCUUCAUCUUGUCAUUUGUAUUCCCAUUUGUUGUUCCUCUCUUGGCCAAGAUGAAUGUAAGCUUCUUCCCUGCUGAUAGUGUAGAUUUUUUCAUGAGAUCCAUUGACAAAAUUAAGAAGGAACGUGAAAAGGAGGCUCACAAGGGCAGGGUAGAUUUUCUGCAGCUGAUGAUUGAAUCCCAGAACUCAGGCAACCAUGAGAACAAGGAAACAAAUCACUCAUAUAAAGCCCUGACUGACACAGAGGUCCUGUCACAGGCAUUCAUCUUCAUAUUUGCUGGGUACGAGCCCACCAGCAACACCCUUUGUUACCUGGCCUAUGAACUGGCCAUGCACCCCGACGUGCAGCAAAAGGUGCUGGAGGAGAUCGACAAAGUUUUGCCCAACAAGGCUCCUCUCACAUAUGAUGCAAUAAUGAAGCUGGAAUAUCUUGACAUGACAGUGAGUGAAACCCUUCGGCUGUAUCCCCUUGGAGGACGUCUUGAGAGAACCUGCAAGAGAGACGUAGAAAUAAAUGGAGUGACCAUUCCCAAAGGAACUGUUGUGACCAUCCCACCCUACGUCCUGCACCGCAACCCCGAGUACUGGCCAAACCCAGAAGAGUUCAGACCAGAAAGGUUCAGUAAGGAAAACAAGGAGUCCAUAGACCCCUACACGUACCUGCCCUUCGGGGCUGGUCCCAGGAACUGCAUUGGGAUGCGGUUUGCUCUCCUGACUCUCAAAGUUGCCAUCGCCUCCCUGUUGCAACAUUUCACCUUCCAAACCUGCAAAGAAACUCAGAUCCCAAUGAAGCUGAGUUCAAAGGGGCUCUUAAUACCAGAGAAGCCGAUUAUUCUGAAGUUGGUUCCCCGGACCAACACUGUGCCUGCAGGGAAGUAAAACCCAGCUGUGCCUGCCACAGGCCCCCAGCAUCCAGUGAGUGCUGUGCUAACAGAGGGAUCACACAUCACAGGAAACGUCUCUACACGUUCAGACACAGAAGAGCAGCUCUAGUUAAUUCUGGAAGCAAUUACUACAUAUUUACUAAUAAACAUAGCUGUCAGAAACGUAA